GGCAGCGCCCGGGGAAGGCUCCGCGGGGCCCGGCCGGAGGGGGCGGGAGCCCCCCGGCCCCCGUGCCAAUGGCUGCGGGGGGAUGGCUCUGCCUGGACGUUCCCGCUCGGUUACAGGAUGGAAAUUCCCGGCCUCCCCGGGGAGGGAGCUCGGGCUCCGCGCUCUGAAAGGCUCAUUUAUCCCCGCGCUGCCGCCCAGAGUGGCGGACACGGGCCCCUGCGCCGCCGCCUCCCCCGGCCCCGGGCGCGGCCCCCGCGCCCCCCGCCCGCACCAUGCCCCGCGCCCCGGCCGCAGCCCCGCCGCUGCUGCCGCUGCUGCUGCUGGCGCUGCUGGCGCUGCUGGCGGCCCCGCCGGCCGGCGGCUCCGAGAGCCCCAAGGGGAAGCAGAAGGCGCUUCGCCAGCGGGAGGUGCUGGACGUGUACAAUGGCAUGUGCUUGCAAGGCCCCAGUGGCGUACCUGGACGGGAUGGAAACCCGGGAGCCAACGGGAUCCCUGGGACACCUGGGAUCCCGGGACGGGACGGGCUGAAAGGGGAGAAGGGCGAGUGCAUGCGCGAGAGCAUCGAGGAGUCCUGGACGCCCAACUUCAAGCAGUGUUCGUGGAGUGCGCUUAAUUACGGCAUCGAUCUUGGGAAGAUUGCAGAAUGUACAUUUACAAAGAUGCGCUCGAACAGUGCUCUCCGCGUUCUCUUCAGUGGAUCGCUUCGGCUAAAAUGCAAAAAUGCCUGUUGUCAGCGCUGGUACUUUACUUUUAAUGGAGCAGAAUGUGCUGGGCCGCUUCCUAUUGAAGCCAUAAUAUAUUUAGAUCAAGGGAGCCCGGAGCUGAAUUCCACUAUUAAUAUACACCGAACUUCUUCAGUGGAAGGUCUGUGUGAAGGGAUCAAUGCCGGCUUGGUAGAUAUUGCCAUCUGGGUCGGGACUUGCUCAGAUUAUCCACGGGGAGAUGCUUCUACUGGAUGGAAUUCAGUCUCCCGAAUCAUCAUUGAAGAACUGCCAAAAUAACUUUUCUUCCCUUUUUAUAACCUCUUUUAAAAAAAAAUUUGUACAAUUUUCUUCAGAAUUUAUUUCUAUAGAGUUGGAUGCAAGUAUUUGACUGAAAGGCACCCAACUCUUGCAUCUGUAGUCUUUGCCUGGCCUUUUUUUGCACAUCGCAGAGGCUUUUUAUAAUAAUCAUUUUAGAAUAUAAAUAUCAAACCCAAGUUCAUUAACUUUUUAAAUUCCUUGUUUGAUGUAUGAAACUAUACCACCACCAUUUUAAGAAUUAGCUGUAACUUUUUUGUAUCAAAUAAAUAAGACCUUUUACAAAAAA